CAGCGCAGUUUCAAGCGCCGGCUUCACCACAUCUAGCUCAAUUUUUUUACAUGGCGAUUCUACCCUUGUUUUCGUUUCAAAUAAAUCUGCGGAAAAUCGAUCAUCCCUGCUCAUCCUGAUUCUGGAACAUCACGAGAAAUUUGCAGCUCUAGAUUCUUCCUGAAGUUACUCAACCUAUCCAAUAUCAACAGACUAAUGGUUAUGCAAUAGAUUGAAUUGACAACAUCAUCCAGAUUCAGUUUACCUUAACUCAAUGGCUGCUACUUCAGAAGCUGUUUGUCAAGUUUUAUGUAGUGCAGGGCCGAGAAUAUCUCAUAUGGGUUUAUGCUUCAACAAGUCAAAUUUCUUGGUUUUGUCUAAAUAUGGUUCGAGUUAUAGAAGUGAAAAUGGGUCUGGGUGCACCCAAAUCAAAAGCUCAAGUCAUCAAAAUCACAGGAGGAUCUGUGCGUUUCAUAUCGUAGAUGGAGUUCUCUGUGGAUCAAAUCUUAAUAAUUGUUUUAGGUCUUUGAAUUGUAAAUGCCGACAAACUGACAGUGUCACCGAUUUGGUUAAUGAAGACUUAAACAGGAGGAUCAAUGGAGUGGAAAAUGCUUCAGUUUUAGAAAAUGAAAAGAGAGAUGUUCUUCUUAAUGGUGAUUUGGCUACCAACGGAAAUGGAGGAUUUAGCAGUACAUUGCCAAUUGCUAGCAUAAGUUCUGUAGAGGAGGAAGCAUGGGACUUAUUACGAGCAUCAAUGGUUAAUUAUUGUGGUAAUCCAGUUGGAACUAUUGCAGCUAAUGAUCCAAGUGACUCUAACAUUCUCAACUAUGAUCAAGUCUUCAUACGUGAUUUCAUACCGUCUGGGAUAGCUUUCCUUUUGAAAGGAGAAUAUGAUAUCGUGCGGAACUUCAUCUUACAUACCCUACAACUGCAGAGUUGGGAGAAAACCAUGGAUUGCCAUAGUCCUGGCCAAGGGUUGAUGCCUGCAAGCUUCAAAGUGCGCACUGUUCCGCUUGACGGUGAUGAUUCUGCAACUGAAGAUAUACUGGAUCCCGACUUUGGUGAGGCAGCCAUUGGCCGCGUUGCACCAGUUGACUCUGGAUUGUGGUGGAUCAUAUUGUUGAGGGCAUAUGGGAAAUCUACUGGGGACCUUUCUGUUCAAGAAAGGAUUGAUGUGCAAACUGGAAUUAAGAUGAUUCUGAAGCUGUGUCUGGCUGAUGGUUUUGACAUGUUUCCAACUCUACUGGUGACCGAUGGUUCGUGCAUGAUAGAUCGACGAAUGGGAAUUCAUGGACAUCCCUUGGAAAUUCAGGCGUUAUUCUACUCUGCCUUGCUUUCUGCAAGGGAGAUGCUUACCCGUGAAGAUGCAUCAGCCGACCUUAUUACAGCACUCAAUAAUCGUCUUGUUGCAUUAUCAUUUCAUGUCAGAGAGUAUUAUUGGAUUGAUAUGAGAAAGCUGAAUGAAAUCUACCGUUACAAGACGGAGGAAUAUUCUUACGAUGCAGUUAAUAAAUUCAACAUAUACCCAGAUCAAAUACCUCCAUGGUUAGUAGAAUGGAUGCCCAAUAAAGGAGGUUAUAUGAUCGGAAAUUUGCAGCCAGCGCAUAUGGACUUCCGUUUCUUUUCUCUUGGAAACCUAUGGUCUAUUGUAAGCAGUCUCGCAACAGCCGAUCAAUCGCAUGCCAUAUUGGAUCUUUAUGAAGCCAAAUGGGCAGACCUUGUUGGUGAUAUGCCAUUGAAGAUCUGUUAUCCUGCUCUUGAAGGCCAAGAAUGGCGAAUUAUUACAGGAAGCGAUCCCAAAAACACGCCUUGGUCUUACCACAAUGGAGGUUCGUGGCCAACUCUACUUUGGCAGCUGACUGUGGCCAGUAUAAAGAUGAAUAGGCCUGAAAUUGCUGAAAACGCGGUAAAAGUUGCUGAGAUACGCUUAGCAAGAGACAAGUGGCCUGAAUAUUACGAUACCAAGAGAGGAAGAUUCAUCGGGAAACAAGCACGCCUCUUUCAAACGUGGUCGAUUGCAGGAUAUGUUGUUGCGAAACAACUACUUGCCAAUCCAGAAGCUGCCAAGAUUCUAGUGAAUGUUGAGGAUACGGAGCUCGUUAAUGCGUUCUCUUGCAUGCUUAGUACCAAUCCGAAGAAAAAACGAUCACGAAAAGGUCUGAAACAGAGCUUCAUAAUCUGAACUUCUAUUAACUGGAGUUAAAAUCCACAUUGGUUCUCUGUCUCACCAAUAUCCUCAAGUAUGCUUUUGGCAUAUGAUGAAGAUUGAUGAAAGGAGUUAUUUUGAGCAUUGUAUACAAUGAUACUAAAAAGUGAAGUUUGCUUUUUAUAUCUUUGAAAUAGAUGACAGGUCUGUAUAUAUUUUAUUUCAUUUCGUGUAACGCGUUUUUGAAUGAUAAAUGCAGGAUGUGUUUUGAUUUCUAGAAAA